UGCGGACCUGAGGCGGGACCAUGAACAUCCUGCCCAAGAAGUCGUGGCACGUGCGGAACAAGGACAAUGUGGCCCGCGUGCGGCGGGACGAGGCGCAGGCGCAGGACGAGCAGCGACAGCGGGAGGCCCGGGCCCUGCUGGCCGAACAGGAGGCACGGACCGAGUUCCUGAGGAAGAAGGCACGGGUGUCUGCCCUGCCAGGACCCGAUGGCGGCUCGGCGCUGGCCCCCACUGGCGAUGAUUCACGCCAUGUCGACCUCUUCCGGGACCUGGAGGAGGGCAAGGGCUCCAAGGCCGGGAACAAGGAGUAUGAGGAGGAGAAGCGCAGGGAAAAGGAGCGGCAGGAGAAGGCUAUCGGGCUGCUGACCUAUCUGGGGCAGAGUGCGGCUGAGGCCCAGACCAGCCGGCCGUGGUACCAGGAAGCCCCUGACCGCAGCCGGGAGGCAGCUGUGGUGACCACGCAGGAGCAGCUGAAGGGCAGACUGGACCCGCUGCGGGAGAUGGAGAGGCACCUGCGCAAGAAGAAAGGGGAGGGGAAGAAGCGCAAGAAGGAGAAAGAGAAGCCCUCAGGGGAGAAGGCGGCAAUGGGCUCUGCCCCCCUCUCCCUGGAGCAGCUGCGGCGGGAGCGGCUGCAGCGGGAGCAGGCCGAGCGAGCUCGGGCUGAAGCCCUGCUGGCCGGGCGGCAAGGGGAACCCCAACGUGGGGAGGAGGAGGAGCCGGACGACAGGAAGCGUCGCUACAACUCCCAGUUCAAUCCGCAGCUGGCGCGCAGGCCCCGCAGCUGGGACGAGAGGGAGCAGCGCUGAGCCCUGCCGGUGCCCCCUGAAAGUGGUGGCCGAAACAGCAGGCCCUGGGCACAGAGAUUCCUGCACUGGGGUCACACAGCAGGUGGAACAGGGACACUGGCAUCACAGCAAGGCAGCCAGCAUGUGGUAUCCCUCUGCUGACUUAGG